UUAUACCAGCGCAGUUUGGGCUCCAAGAAAAAUGUACUAAUCAUGCUCGGUUCGGCCCAAAUUUAUGGGUAAGUACUGUCUUGGCCAUCUCAUUGUCUGUUCACCGCGAGGUCCCGCAUUGCGUGUCUUCUCUACCAACGCCUCCACAGCUGCGGCUAAAGUUAGGGACGAAUUCUCCAAUCUCUGCUGCAGAGGACUCCUAAAGGAAGCUUUUGACAGGUUUAAAUCUGAGAUAUGGUCAGAUCCAUCUCUCUUUUCUCUCCUCCUCCAAGGAUGUAUACCAACAGAAUCACUUCCCCUGGCCAAACAGCUUCACUCGUUGAUAACUACAUCUGGGUGUUCUUCAGACAAGUUUCUGUGCAACCAUCUCCUCAACAUGUAUGCCAAGUUCGGAGAAUUGCGGCCAGCCGUCGGUUUGUUCCGUGUUAUGCCGCGGAAGAAUGUUAUGUCCGGCAACAUUUUGAUCGGUGGGUUCGUGCGAAAUGGCGAUCUGGAUGGUGCUCGUAGUAUGUUCGACAAUAUGCCGGACAGAAAUAUAGCAACUUACAAUGCGAUGAUGGCGGGUUUGACGCAAUUUGAACAUAAUGAAGAGGGUUUGAGCUUGUUUUCAGAGGUGCACGAGUUGGGUUUCCUGCCGGACGAGUUCACCUUGGGUAGUGUUCUCCGAGGAUGUGCUGGUUUGAAGGCCUUGACUGCGGGGCAACAGAUUCAUGCUUAUGUGAUGAAAUGUGGGUUUGAGUUCAAUCUGGUUGUUGGGAGCUCCUUGGCUCACAUGUAUAUGAAAUCUGGAAGCUUGAAAGACGGAGAAAGAGUAAUUAAGUCAAUGCCGGCUCGCAGUGUGGUUGCUUGUAAUACGCUGAUUGCAGGAAAAGCUCAGAAUGGAUUUUCUGAGGAAGCUUUGGACCAGUAUAAUAUGAUGAAAAUGGCAGGUUUUAGGCCAGAUAAGAUUACAUUUGUCAGCGUGCUCAGUUCAUGCUCAGAGUUAGCAACUCUUGGGCAGGGUCAGCAGAUUCAUGCCGAAGCAAUUAAAGCUGGGGCCAAUUCAUCUGCCUCUGUGAUUAGCUCAUUGAUAAGCAUGUAUUCAAGGUGUGGGUGCUUGGAAGAUUCUGAGAAAGCUUUCUUGGAAUGUGAAGAUUCUGACGUGGUCUUGUGGAGCUCGAUGAUUGCUGCUUAUGGAUUUCAUGGGCGAGGAAAGGACGCCAUCCAGUUGUUUGAAAGGAUGCAGAGGGGAGAGUUAGAGGCUAAUGAUGUUACUUUCUUGAGCCUGCUCUAUGCUUGUACUCAUUGUGGAUUAAAGGAAAAAGGGGUUGAGCUCUUUGAUUUGAUGGUAAAGAAGUUUCAUGUGAAGCCUAGAUUGGAGCACUACACUUGUAUGGUUGAUCUCCUUGGACGCUGUGGUUGUUUGGAGGAAGCAGAAGCUAUGAUUAAAUCUAUGCCCGUUAAAGCAGAUAGCAUUAUCUGGAAGACUCUAUUAUCUGCCUGUAAAACCCACAAGAAUGCAGAGAUGGCAAGAAGAAUAGCAUUGGAAGUUCUUAGGAUUGAUCCUCAGGAUUCUGCACCUUAUGUGCUACUUUCAAACAUUCAUGCUUCUAUUGAAAGUUGGGCUGAUGUUUCAGUUGUCAGGAGGGUGAUGAGAGAGAGGAAGGUGAAAAAGGAACCAGGUAUAAGUUGGUUGGAGGUGAAGAAUCAAAUUCAUCAGUUUUGCAUGGGUGACAAAUCCCACCCAAAAUCAAGAGAUAUUGAUAUUUAUUUAGAAGAACUGAUUUCAGAGAUGAAGUUGCAGGGUUAUGUGCCUGAUACCCACUCUGUUUUGCAUGACAUGGAUGUUGAAGAGAAGGAAUAUAAUUUGGCACACCAUAGUGAAAAGCUGGCAAUUGCUUUUGCUCUAAUGAAUACCCCCACAGAUGCUCCAAUAAGGAUAAUGAAGAACCUGCGUGUCUGUGGUGAUUGCCAUGUUGCUAUUAAGUACAUAUCAGUGAUAAAAAAACGAGAAAUUAUUGUACGGGAUGGUAGUAGAUUUCAUCAUUUUAAGAAUGGGAAAUGUUCUUGUCAAGAUUAUUGGUAAAGUAGCGGUUACACAGCCCUCGCAGUGGAUGGGUUGAAUUUUCCCUUUAUUUGAUAUGUGUAAUAAGAUGUUCUAAACAAUUCUUGUUACGGAAAUUGCACCAUUCUCAAUGGAAAGAGAUGAAAUUCAUUUU